AUGGAAAUAUUUGCCGAACAACCUUUUGGACCACGUUUUACACCUUUAAAUAAUGGCUCCGUAACGGAUAAGGUCACCCCCGAUAUGGCACAUUUGGUCAGCUCAUAUUGGAGUCAAUUUCCCCCCAUGGAUCCCAUUUGGAAUAAAAUCUUAACCGGAUAUCUAAUAAUUAUCGGUUUAAUGGCAUGGUUUGGUAAUGGUACAGUUAUAUAUAUUUUUGCCACUACAAAAGCGUUACGAACUCCAGCCAAUUUAUUGGUUAUUAAUUUGGCAAUAUCGGAUUUUUGUAUGAUGAUUUUGAAUACCCCAUUGAUGGCAACAAAUUUAUAUUUCGAAACAUGGGUAUGGGGACCAAUGAUGUGUGAUAUUUAUGCUACAUUCGGUUCGGGUUUUGGUUGCAGUUCCAUUUGGUCAAUGUGUAUGAUUGCACUGGAUCGUUAUAAUGUCAUUGUGAAAGGUAUGGCGGGGCAACCGAUGACAAUACGUUUGGCAAUCUAUAAAAUAAUAUUUGUAUGGGUCAUGAGUGCUGUGUGGACAUUUGCACCGAUUAUGGGUUGGAGUCGUUACGUUCCCGAAGGCAACUUAACAUCCUGUGGCAUUGAUUAUAUGGAUCAUGACUUGAAUCCCGUGAGCUAUCUAAUAGCCUAUACCAUAUUUGUGUAUGUGUUACCACUAUUUCUGAUUUGCUAUUCCUAUUGGUACAUCAUUGCGGCCGUUUCAGCACAUGAAAAAAACAUGCGUGCCCAAGCCAAGAAAAUGAAUGUGAAAUCACUGCGCUCUUCAGAGGAUGCUGAAAAGUCAGCUGAGGGAAAAUUGGCCAAGGUGGCUUUGGUAACAAUUUCACUUUGGUUUAUGGCCUGGACACCGUAUACAAUUAUCAACUGCAUUGGUUUGUUCGGUUAUGAGGGUCUAACACCAUUGAAUACGGUAUGGGGUGCUUGUUUUGCAAAAUCAGCAGCGGUAUAUAAUCCCAUUGUUUAUGCGACAAGUCAUCCCAAAUAUCGUCUGGCCUUGAAAGAAAAAUGUCCCUGUUGUAUCAUUGGCAAAGUGGAUAAUGAUAAGGUGACUGGAAGUGAUUGCGGUUCUCAGGUGACUGAAGGAGAAACAAGGACAUAA